UGAUAACCAUCUGGAACAGUGAUGUUUAGUCAUUUGUCCGUGAGCUUCCUGACUGUGCAUCACUCCGGAGUUCCACUGCGUAUCAGCAAACAUGCAGCUCAGCAACAGCAGCGAUUUGAGCUCCACUGGUCUGAGCCAGGCUAACCUGGUUAGUUCAGUGCUGAUGGGCUUCUUCUGCGCUGUUGGAGUUCCUGGCAACAUCGCCGUGAUCGUGAUCAUAGUUCGGUGGUUCAAGAAGGACAACUUCACCGUCCAUCUGAUGCUGAACCUGGCCGCCUCGGACAUCCUGUGCUUAAUGACCCUGCCUGUGUGGAUGUACAAUCAGCUGCACGGUUGGACGAUUGGAAGAUCACUCUGCAAGCUCAUUUCUUCCCUCGCCUACAGUAGUGUUUAUUCCAGUUUGCUGACGGUGACGUUGAUGAGCGUCCAUCGCUGCUUACAGAUCUGUUUUCCUGAGAUUUGGGCCAAACUGGGAAAGACAGGUGAGAGAUUUCUCCUCUUCAUGAUCUGGGCUUGUGGAUUUGCCUUCUCGGUUCCAGCGAUUCUAACCCAGGAGAUUGUCCAGAGAGAAUCCAAGAGAGAGUGUGGACGAAUCACGUCCUCAGAUGAAUACAGGCUCGUAGUUGCUGUGUUGGAAACUCUGCUGGCGUUUGUUCUUCCGUGCUCCAUUAUGGUCAUCUCCUAUUACUGCCUCCACAAGAGAGUGACCCAAAAAGCCUUAAUCCGGAGCAGAAGGUUGACCAAACUGGUCACCAGGAUCGUGGUGACCUUCUUCGUUUUCUGGACGCCCUACCACAUUCUCAAUUUGGUGGAACUCUUUGCAAUCUGCCUCAAACAAUCAUACCCAGGCUCAUCAGGCAAGGUGUUGGUGUUCACAGCUUCACUCGGCGACAUUGCUGGAAGUUUCACGUUCAUCAACAGCUGCGUGAAUCCGCUUCUUUACGCUUUCGCUUCCCGGAGUCUUCGUCAUGGCGCCGAAACAGAGAACACAAACAUCGUUCAGACUUCCAGUAUUUAACGAGAGACGUUUCCACAGCCACCACAUAUUUAAUC